ACAUAAUCCAGGGCCAGGGUCACGAUGCCUGUCCAGCAGCAUGUGCUGAACUGGCUCUACAGCGUCCUCACGAGUGAAUAUCACGACGUGAAUCGCGCCUACAACGAUGUAGCACAAGCCCUCACCCGAUAUCCCACGCUAUCGCCUCGGACCGAUGUGCACACCUUCUCGCACGGCGCCAAUGCCCUGCUCCUCCAUCUCUCGGGAACCCUACCCGUCAACUUCCGCGGAACCACCUACCGUUUCCCGGUCUCGAUAUGGGUCCCCCAUGCAUAUCCGCGCGAGCCACCCAUGAUCUACGUUGUGCCGACCGAGACUAUGAUGAUCCGCCCAGGCCAACAUGUUGACCCCCAGGGUCUCGUAUAUCACCCGUACCUUGUGGGAUGGGCUGAAUUUUGGGAUAAGAGUAACCUUCAAGACUUUCUUGCCAUCUUGACCGACAUCUUUGCAAAAGAGCCUCCUGUCAUAUCAAGACAGCAAGCACGCCCACAAGCUCCUCAGGCUGGCACAGCACCACCCCCUGUCCCGCCUCUGCCUCCAGGCAUGAGCUCAACAUCUCGACCACCAACCCAAGAUCCGCAUACGCCAGAGCAGCCGCGCCCACCUCCUCCACCUCCCAAGGGCCCUCAGAAUGCAUCUCCUACCCCAGCUAGUCCUCAUCAAACUGGGCCACCGCUGCCUCCCAUCCCGGGCAAAUCUCCUGCACAGUCUAAUCGGAUGUCACGGUACGAUUCUGCGCCUCCUCUACCGCCCCAGGCUGCGGGCGCGAAUGGACAAGAUCCAAGACUUGCGCGGCCUCCAGAACAAUAUCAACCUCAUCAUAUGCCACCUCCUGGGCCGACAAGGGUUGCCCAGCCGCCAUACAUGAACGAAGCCCAAUCAUACACCCCUCCACAGCAACAAUGGCAGAUGCCGCCGCAACAGCAGCAAUACCAGCAACCUCCGCAACCCCCAGCAUGGAACCAGGCACCUCCUCAGCCGCCUGUCCCUGCUAACCCCCCUCCUCCUCCUGAUUUGCUCGAUGAGCCUCUAGAAUUGGCAUUGCCAAGUACGACAGUCGCUGCCCCUCCCAUACCCCCCAAUCCCGAGAAGGAUGCCCUUCUCCGGCAGUUAGCUCAAACCCUACAUGCAAUCAGGAUGCGCAGUCGGCAGCAAAAUGAGUCUAGCAUGGCUGGAUUACAAGCACAGCGUACGGCGAUGCUGACGACUAUACCUAACUUCCAGGCCGAGGCUGGGCAACUGAACCAGCUAGCGAAUGUGCUUACAUCAAAUUCCAAUAUUCUACGCGAGGCACUUCACAAGGCCGACGGAGUUAUCGAAGGUUCACAGAGCCACCCAGUGCCGGACGUGGAUGAGCUGCUUGUAGCGCCGACGGUGGUGGCCAACCAGCUCUACACGCUAGUAGCUGAAGAGAGAGCUCUUGGUGACGCCAUCUUCAUGCUUGGGCGGGCAGUCGAGCGCGGGCGCAUCACUCCGGCUGUGUUUGCCAAGAUGACGAGAUCACUUGCGCGUGAGUGGUAUCUGAAAAAGGCCUUGGUACGAAAGAUUGGACAGGGGAUGGGCCUGGCCCCGUGAUGCAUGCGAGCCGCGCGCAGCGUCAUGCAUGAGGCUCCCCUGUGGAGAGGCGCUUCGCAUUGUUGAGGUGACAGUGACUGGUGGCUUGAAACGAGAUCUGGAUGUCGGAGGUGCGGGAGAGGGAGAGGCGGACAAGAUAGGAGAUGAUCGGGGAGGACAAGCGAAUGGCGGAUUGCGACAAGAAAGAGGCGAAUUACGAAAAACCUUGAUUUCAACCGACUUGGUGAUGACCGGGUAGAUGGCAUCUUGUCGACGAAGGGGGCUGAAGCGAUAUGGAAGAGGUUGAUAGCUGUCGGCGUAGCCCAUGUCCGAUAGGGCUUGCACUUGCAGGGCGGUCGGAGAGGCGGCAGGGCGAUCGAGACCUCCAGCAACGGAGGAUCCCCGAUUUGGACUGAUCUCGGCAGUUGGCGUGCACGGAGCAAAGCUGCAAAUAGCACGCAUCGCACCCAUCUCGAGAGGGCCGUUGAGGCACAAGAGGCUCUGGACCUGUCAGUUUGAGGCACCAUGGCUGUCAAGAUAUGCACGGUCCCAUCUCUAAGCCCGCGAUCGAACCAAAAGGGGCUAGUUUCAAGCCUCGCAGCAAGCCUCACUACGGGAACAAUACUAAGAAGCAACGCCACCAAACUCAGGAACAAUACUAAGACCAACCUCACCCCCGCCG